AUGUGGGAAUUUGUUGGUAUUGCAAGCAAAUCGAACAAAGAAAUGGAAGAUUUGUAUAAUAGUUUGGGUGGAAUGAGUACUUUAAGAUCAGUGUUAAGCAAAUAUAGAGGAUUUUGGCGAUUGGCUUUAAUGCAAAAAAGACUGGCGGAAUAUCUUUUAUGUCUCUAUGAGUGCCCAAAGAAAGACCAAUUCUACGAGCCAUGGGCGCUAAUUAGAAGCGAAAGUUGCAGUUUUCUUUGUGGCGCUUUUUUAUCUCUAAAUGUUUUUGAUAGCAAUUUGCUUGUUGAGGAAGACGCACUUUUGGAACAAAUCAAUUCUUUUGAUUUAACUCCAUAUAUUCGUCUACCAACUUUGCCUGGGCAUUUCCCCGAAGCUUUCGAUAACGAUAAAGACUGUUCGAUUACUACAGAAGAGGAAUAUACUGAUUUGAGGACUAUAUUGGAUCAAAAACAAUAUUUGGAAGAAAGGAAUAGACAAUUAAGUGCUAAUAUAGAACAACUAAAAAUUAAAGUUGACAAAUUUUCUAAUGGAUGUUCUACAAAUGAGACUUUGUUUAGAAACGAUUCUUCACUAAUUUUUACUGAACGUUUGAGGGAUUUGGAACGUGAAAGGGACAUUCUCAGAGCUAGACUGGCAGAAAAAGAGGACAGUUUAGCAAUUAGCCAAGACCAAUUAAAAGGCACUCGUCGUUUUACCGAAGAUUUGUACGAAAAAUUAAAAGCUUCAGAAUGUAAAAUAAAAAGAUUUCAAUCAGAUAUAGAAAAAAUGAAAGAAUUAAAUACUAAAGAGGUUAAAAAUUUAAAUGAAUUUUUAAUUUCUUUGGCAAAAAAUUUAAAAAAUGAGCAAAUGGAGGAAGAAGAAUGCUUCAAAUUGGAAUUUGUUAAAAUUACAAAAAUUUAUUCUGAAACAAUGGCUAUGCUUAAAAAUAAAAAUGAGGAAUUAAGUGCUGAAAGAGAAAGUUUAAAUUCAUUAAAAAGUGAAUGUAAUGAAUUAAAUGCUAAAAUUAAGGCUUUAACCAACAUUGAAAGUGAAUUGUUAGAAUUAAAAGAAGAUUAUAGAAAAUGUAAACAAGAAUUGAGUGAAUCAAAACAAGCAUUACAAGAAUUUAGUGAAGCUUUGAGUGAAUCAAAAUUACGUAUGGUUGAAUUAAAAGAAGAAAUUAUGCCUUUAAGUGAUGCAAAAUGGAUAAAAGAUAAAGAGGCUGUGCAGUGUAGACUUUGUGAUAUUCAAUUCUCGGUAAUUCAAAGAAGACAUCAUUGUAGAAAUUGUGGUCUAAUAUUCUGCAAUUCGUGUAGUAGUGGACGUGUUAAAUUACCAUCAAAUUACCAUCCUGUUCGUGUUUGUCUAAAUUGUUAUCAUUUACUUAGAAAUCGACAACUUUCUAUUAAUUCAGUUUUUGACAGAAGGCAAAUAUGA